UCCGCCAGCCUGUAGUUCCGUCAUCUCGCUCGUCUCCGAGGCUACGGGGGGCCGAUGUUGAUUUGGAUGAAUACCUGCAGUUGCCGGACCCAGCCGAGGUUGAUUUAUUUUUUUUAAAGCUGGGUUCACCACCGGACAGCGGGACGCUUCGGACUGAGAGUGCGGCUCGCUCGCGCCGGGAAUCGUUGUUUUUCUGGACCGAGGAGAGGUGGGGGUGCCUGGGUGGGGAGGGGGGCUCAAUCGGCGGGGGCUGCAAGGAGGGUCAGGCGGAGACUGUAUCCUCCGCGCUCGGGCCAUCUGCGCCGAGCUCGGUCUGAUGGUUCCACUGGAGCCCUGAGCAGGGGGCCGGGGGCCCGCGGAGAGGAUCUGAAACCCGGCGUCAGCUGCGGAUGACCGCGGAGGGAGUGGAGCCGCUUCCCCAGCCUCUCCUCGCGGUGGUGCCGCAUUAGCAGCAUCUUGCGGGGAUUUUUCUUCUUCUUCUUCGUUUUUUUUUUUUUUUUUUUUUUUUAAUUAUUUGAUCUUCUUCUUCUUCAAAACGGGUUAACGCUCCGUUUCUGCUGGAUAGAGGAGACGCAGAGAAGAUCUAGGAGAGAUUAAACCGGCUUGAGGAGGCUGCAGGACGGCCCAAAGCCACGGAUUGCUCCGUUGACAGGUUGUCAUCAUGGGCAACGCGCCCACGGCCAGAAAGGGCAGCGAGAUGGAAAGCGUCAAGGAAUUCCUUGCUAAAGCCAAAGAGGACUUCCUCAAGAAAUGGGAGAAUCCUUCACAGAACACUGCUAGCCUGGAGCAGUUUGAGAGGUUGAAAACCUUGGGCACGGGCUCGUUUGGCCGCGUUAUGCUGGUGAAGCACAGAGAAACGGGACAGCAUUACGCCAUGAAGAUCCUCAACAAGCAGAAGGUGGUGAAGCUUAAGCAAAUAGAGCACACUCUGAAUGAGAAGAGGAUCCUCCAGGCUGUCAGCUUUCCCUUUCUUGUGCGGUUAGAGUAUUCAUUCAAGGACAACACCAACCUUUACAUGGUUAUGGAGUAUGUACCAGGUGGAGAGAUGUUUUCCCACCUACGAAGAAUUGGCAGAUUCAGUGAGCCGCACGCUCGGUUCUACGCUGCUCAGAUCGUGCUGACCUUUGAGUACCUGCACGCUCUGGACCUGAUCUACAGAGACUUGAAACCUGAAAACCUGCUCAUUGACCAACAGGGCUACAUACAGGUUACAGAUUUUGGCUUUGCCAAACGGGUAAAGGGCCGGACCUGGACACUGUGUGGCACCCCAGAAUAUCUGGCUCCAGAGAUCAUCCUCAGCAAGGGAUAUAACAAGGCAGUGGACUGGUGGGCGCUGGGUGUUCUCGUCUACGAGAUGGCAGCAGGGUAUCCUCCUUUCUUUGCCGAUCAGCCAAUUCAAAUCUAUGAAAAGAUUGUAUCAGGGAAGGUUCGUUUCCCAUCUCACUUCAGUUCAGACCUGAAGGACCUACUGAGGAACCUCUUACAGGUGGAUCUCACAAAACGCUUUGGGAACCUCAAAAACGGAGUCAACGACAUCAAAGGACAUAAGUGGUUCGCAACAACUGACUGGAUUGCCAUCUACCAGAAAAAGGUGGAAGCUCCCUUUGUUCCAAAGUUCAAAGGACCAGGCGAUACCAGCAACUUUGACGACUAUGAAGAGGAGGAGAUUCGCGUCUCCUUCACCGAGAAAUGUGCCAAGGAGUUUGCAGAAUUCUAGAGUUAGAGGAGAAGAAAUAAGGAAAAUAGGGAGAGUCUAAGGUAGGCUGGUCAAAAGGGAGACACAAGAAAAGUGUACUGUCUUCUGUCCAAAUGUAAGCACCAGCUACAAAAAAGAAAAGGGAAAAAAAAUCGAAUAGAGGCGUGUGAAAAAGAGAGCGGAGACUGAUAACCAGCAGUGUUGCCUUUUCUGUUGCGUUUCUGUUGUGUUUUAUUUAUUGUCGUCUUAUUUAUGAAUCCCUUUAUAACGACGCUGUGUUUCAUGGGUAUCGGGAGCCCCACUGACUUAGAGUUGCCUCUACGCAUUUUCACCCGAGAUCUUCCCGUUUCUGCAUUCAUUUCUGUUCUGUUUGUUUCCGUGCCACAGCAAAGACAAGUCAACCAGUCAAUCUGCCGGUAAUUACAUGAGCGUGCACGUAAGACAUCGUCAGUUUACACCGAUGAGGCGAAUUGAGCAAAACACGACACACGUUAAGAUGAAUUCCCAUGCGGUAUAUAUUUUGUCUUGAGUUCACCUGACCCAUGUCAUAGAUAAAUCACUUCAAAGGCACGAGAGGCCAAAAGAAAGACGAAACAAAAAGUCAGGUACGUCUGUUGUGUAACUCCAUCUCUGGCUCUUAUUAUUGUUAAUAUAUACAGACUUUGUACAUAUCUGCAGUACUCCAUUUUUAAAUGUUAGUAGGUACUUAGUGGCUCCAGUGAAACCAUAUCACGCUAACGUACAGUACAAUGACAUGUGAAUAAAAAGAACGGAUUUCUCUCAGUUUCAAUGGUGUGAGGAAAACACCGAGCGCAUAAUGGAAACUCAGGUUUGAACAUAUCACUUAACAGACAUUUAUCUCCAUAACGCCUAUGGAUCAGCAGGUAAAUCUCGGAGUACAGAUUUGGGAAUUUGAAGUUCUGGUCUUAAACGAGUUUAAAAGGAGCAGAAAAAAAAGGGACUAUUUAGAGUUUUAGUUUGCGUCUUCCACACUUUAUCCCUUCCAGAAUAUUUGGUCAGUUUUGAUAAAAGCACUUCCUGUUUCAGCUCAGAGCUAAUUUACUACAUGAGAUUAUUCUACUUGCUGAAACGACCGUUUGGCCCCCUGGUUUUGACUUUUAGACACCGUGUGAGGCAGAAGACCGCCGACUGCUUCUGGCUGAGGGCCAUCAGGGCUCCAGUCUGUACGGACGGCGAUCAGGAUCGUGUGCUUUACCUUGAUCGUUGCUGUUUGCUCGUAUCACAAAAGAGAGCCGUGCGACUCUGUUAUCAUUUCCUUUGUGUGUGUUCAGGACAUGCUCUAGUUUUGCUAAGUUUCAUUUUAUGUGUAUGUAUUGAUGAUCUGAAAAUGAUUGGUACUCUAUUUGUCAAGUUAGAGAUUGGGUGAAGCGCCUGGAGGUGAAUAUCCAUCGGGGAAUUUUGUAUUCAACAUGUUUUUCCUCAGUGAAUUUGUUUCCUAUGAGGCUAUUGGUAUGAUAUUCACACCAGAUGUUGCUAGCAACCCAAAUAAUCUGUACAUACAAAGAAAUAAAAACAACAAAGUCCAUGAAUCAGGUUGUAUAUUAUAAAGUUGAAUUCUCUUAAAUAUUUGAAAGAGAAGCUUUAAGAUGUAUGUAGAAACUAGUCAAACUUCUCAGUUGUCAUUUUGAAUUAUAUUAUAUUAUAAUUAAAGUUGAAUGUUGAAUAUGCAUUAUGCAUUAUUUUCCAAUCACAUUAUUUCCUGAGGUAAAAAAAAAGAACUGAUACAAAAUAUUGUACCAAGGGCAUUACUAAGAAUAUCUUGGUGCAUUUCUUCCUAUCAAUGCUGCCAGCACCAUAUCCUGUCAGACAGGCCCACACUAUAAUGUUCCCACCUCCAAAUGUCACUAUCAAUCUAGUGUUUUUGGGGGUUGGUGUCCAGUGCCGUUUCUUCUCCAAACAUUCAAAGAGUUUAAUGUUGGUCUCGUCCAAAGAUGAUCAGCCAGUGUUCCACUGACUUGACCAAAAUGUUUUUCAGCAGACUGAAAGCAAGCCAGAGCAAACUCAUCCUUUUUCAAUAAGGGAGUCUUGCAUAGUUAGUUUUUAAUGAGGCCAUUGUGGUUGAGUUUAUUAUUUAUUUCCAUGAUAAAAUAAAAUUGGAUUACUAAAGCUCAGUGAGACCAAUGCUUUACUUUUGGAGACCUGAUCUGAUUCUUCUUUUUUUUUAUUAUUAUUCUUUUUGUUUGUCAGAAAUUUUACAAAAAACACUGUGUUCUUUUCUCCUCCGGAUAAUGCCUGUACUGGCUCUCAGUGGAACAUUCAGAAGUUUAGAAAUAUGUCUCUAACCAGUGCGAUUUGUAUUUUUGCAAUGACAGUGGUGCGGAGGUCGUAAAAUUGCUUCUUACGCUUUUCUUGCGAUAGCAUAAAAGAGAAAUUGUUGAUGCUCUCGCCUAAAUCAGCUGCCAUGAAUUAUUGAUAACUGAACUAAUAUAAAGCAGGAUUGCUUACUCCGUUGUUACAGAUUUCAGUUCUGUUCAGUUGCCUUUUUCAUUCAGGUUUAUUUCAUAUAGCUUAAUUUCUGGAGUAAUUUGUGUUGAUCUUGCUUUGAAUGGGAGUUUCUUGGGUUGUUACAGACAUCUAGUGUGAAUUUUAUGUCAGUUGGACAAAUAGAAAUGUAUUUACUGAGAAGAACUAUGUUUGAUAAUUAUUUUCCUGCCAUAGCCUGUUGAAAUAUCCUUUUACAUGUACAGUAAACAACCUGGCGAUUUAAAGGUUUAUGCCAAAGGCCACCUCGGGUGUUCGGGGGUCUCUUUGCUCGACACAGUUUGAAAGCAGGGCAUUAAAACAAUGUCCUGAGAGGAUUAAAUUGUUUGUUUCAGGCAUUAAGUUAUAAUUUGAUGUGAAAUAUUAUAGUUCAGAUAGGCACAAGAAAUUCCUUUCAUCAUGUUUUUUGUCGAGUCUCAACUUUGUGAAAAAUCUCAGAUAUGAGAAAAUAUGAUCGGCCUUUUAUUUGAAAUACACAUCUGUAAUGUUACUGAUCUGUGUGCAUCAUUUGUAAAUUAGAGUGGUGUUUGAAACGCCUUAACAUGAAGGAAUUAUCCGGGUGGUCGACUUGAGUUCACAGUAUCCUUUACCACACGUGUCUCUUAGGAGAGACCAUUCCCAUCCAUGUAUCUACUGUCUUCCACUUAUCCAAGAUCGGGUCCAAGAGGGAUCCCCAGACAUCUCAUCCCCCCAUAAGCAUCAUCCAGCUCAUUCUGGGGGAUCCCAAAGCGUUCCCAUGCCAGAUGGGCUUUAUAAUCCCACCAGUGAAUUCUGGGUCUUCCCUUGGAACUCUUUCCAGUGGGAGGCAUCCAGGGGGCAUUCUGAUCAGAUGCCCAAUCCACUUCAACUGACUGUUUCAAUGUGGAGAAGCGGUGACUCGACUUUCAGCUGCUUCCCAGAGAUUCUCAUCCUGUCUUGGGAACAAGACACCUCGAUACUUAAACUCCUCUACUUGAGCCAGAGACUGACCCCUGACUGAAAGUGGAACAGUCUUCCUUUCUCUGGCCAGGAACCUUAGCCUCAGACUUAAAGGAGCGGACUCUCAUCCUGGCUGCGUCACACUCUGCACUGAACUGCUCCAGUGCCCACUGGAGGUCAUGAGCUGAGAACCCCCCAUCUUAAGUAGAAAAUGUAAAAAUGAGAUCCGGAUGUCUCAUGGACACCACUAGUAAUGCCUUCCAUCACUAGUGGUGUCCAUCAAGGGCCCUCUGGUUGCCAUCAAGAUAGACACUGAUACUAUUAAUGCCACAACAUUGACCAUGUUCACAAUGGAAAUUCUGAAUAUGGUUCAUUCAGAUUCCAUGUCCCUAGCCUCCUUUGGGACAAGAGAGAAAUUCUCCUGGAGAUGGGAAUUGAUCAUCACUGGGACAAGUUCCUCCGCCAAACAUUUCAGGUCUUUCCAGCAGCCUCCCCUGCCACUGGAUCCAAUUCACUACCAGGUGGUGAUUCAUUGACAACUGAGCCUCCAAGAUGCAACGCCACUGGUCUGAUGAUAUGAUUACAAAAUUGAUCAUCAAAUUUUGGACAUUGCCUGCAUGGGGAUUGAAGUCCCACAGGUGCAUCGCAACAUCCCCAGAUAGCACUGUCAAGAGAUCCAAGAGGGUUGGGUAGCUAUGUGGACCAUUUUCUUUGUCCACAUAGGGCCCCACAUUUACAUUGUGUUGAUAUACCUUGAACACAGAUAAAUGGUACGAAGAGGGAGAGUGUCAGGCUGAUACAGUGAAGCAAUGAUUUUGCUUUAUCAAUAAACAUCAAAUAAGAGAACUUGCAGGAAGCGACAUAAACACAAUAUGUUAUCACGUGUGGUAAAAAUGUUAAUUACAGAAAUAUUUUAUUGUAGUGCCAUAAUAUCACACAUUUUUAAAAUAUUCCAACUUAUUAUUGAAGUAAAUUUACUCAGUGAGGAAUGAAAUACCAUGUUAGGCAAUUGUUGUUUUUGACAAUUCAAUCAAUGACACAGUUACUGGGAGCCUGUGUUAAGAUUUCAAACACUCACCUUUUUACAAUAGUACAGCAUUUACAGAGAUGGACUUUUGGCCGUUUUUCUUCACAUAAUCUCUCUCGAUUGUCCAGCGUCUUGGAUCUUCAGACUGGUUACAGUUUACUGGUAAAGGCCUUCAGGCUUUUCUCUAAAUCAUCAGGUAUUUCAAAGAAUUUAUAAUUAACAGGCUCACAUCGUUACAGAUCCUCCACCGUACUUCAGUCAACAUGACAUUUGCACGUAUUCAUACUUUGUUCCAAACCCACUUACAGUGUUUGACGCUGAAAAGCUUAAGUCUCCGUAUCAUCUGACCAAAGCUCAUACCACUGUUCAAGGUCUCAGUAGAGUUUUGUAAGCUGUCCGUGUUUCUGUUAAUGAAGGAGGGACUGAAAAGGCUUUUGAUUGUUAUGGAGACUCGGCGUCCCCAAGAUGUCAUUAUUUUGCCGCAGUUCUCAGUUCAGCUCUGUCCUCUGAAUUAAAAUGUUUCUAUUACAUCUAUUUUAAAGGGAUUGUUGGGACUACCAAAAAGAAUGGCUCUGGUAACUUUGUUUAAAAAAACCUAUUACAUUCUAUUAUUCAAUAAUUUCCCCCACUGAAUAAAGGUACUCAAGUGAAAGUUUGGACUUUCUACUUUUGCGAGAGGGAGGUUAUCCCGCUGCAGUAAAUUCUGAAUUCAUUAUGUUUUGUUUUGGGUUUUUUUUUUUUAACACUUCUUUGCAAAAAUAGGUUUAUCUUAUUGGUACCCUUCUCACAAAUGCAGAGUGGGUUAAGAUCUAAAAGCACUCAGUUCACAUCUCACAUCAUUUAACACAUAUGUGGUAAAUUUGUUGCAGUUCAAGCUGCUGGUUUUAUUGUGAAACUCUAAGGCAAAAGUGUGUUCACCGGCUUCAUUAUUAUUAUUAUUAUUAUUAUUAUUACUGUGUGAACAGAGACAGAAUGAGUUUGGUCUACGUUACAGUGAACCUGGAACACUUAAUUGCGAAAUAAAAACACAUGCUACAUCUGAAACAAUGGUCCGCUGUAAGAUUUAUUUUACCUUGUGAUUCACAUUGGACUUUCAGGCCCCUUCAUAAAAUGACCUAAUGUUAUGCUUCACUUUUGUUUUUCUGUAUCCUUGUAUGUUAAAUGAUAGGAACUGAAUUACCACAAUAAAUCUGGGGCUUGUUUACUUUGUGUAUGCCAUGUAAGGCCACUAGUUUGGAUUUAAAAAUGUCUCUCUUGAGCUGUUAUGUUGAGUGUUUUGUCAAAUUUUUUUCUUGAUGAAUCCGAAGAUAUGUUGGCAGACAGAUGGCAGCCUUCUGGUCGUCAUCCGCUUGCUCACUGACUAUAAUAGCCUAAUUUAUAGACUAUUACUAUCAUCAUGGUAUUGUUUACAUCUGUGGUUGGGACAUCACAUCCCCAACAUUUCCUUCGUGUCAGGUUCAGUAUGCAGCAUCCCGGAGACACUUUUGCAGAGACACAACUUCUUCUCAGUGCAGGCACAAUGCUGGUACAUAAGAGCCUACUGCCGCACUUUUUAGGGAAAUGAGACCUCCCUCCUCCCCAGCCAGUGUAAACCAUAUCGACCCAUGUCACACACACACACACAUACGCACAUACACGCACACACACAAAACACUCUUGUGAAGGGAAGCAUCUAAAGUCAUGGGAACAGUGACAUAAAAACAAGUGUAAUAUUUUGCAACAUGAGUAUCAUUCCAAUAAAGUUUUACUUGUAAAAUCUC